GCAGAGUUUUUUUACCCUUUGCAUUAGUGCAAGACGAGGGCGAGAUCAUCAUUUAAUCUGAUUAUUUCUGACGUGCUGCGAUUUGUAAAUAGCUACAAAUGAGCUUAUAAGUUUUACCGCCGAACAACGCGAAUCAUUCAAGAGAAUUGUGUCUCACAUGCUACACCCAUCUGCUGGAGGACUGCAUUUGAAUACGAUUUGCAAUUUGAUGACUGGAAAUGCAAAACUGUUGCAUGAGACUUUGUGGGAUCAAGAUCCGGAGCUUAUGGAUUUGAUAAGAAAGGAAAAGACGCGUCAGACCAGAGGUUUAGAGAUGAUUGCAAGCGAAAACUUUACUUCUCUCUCUGUGCUGCAGUGUCUCAGUUCCUGUUUGCAUAACAAAUAUUCAGAAGGUUUGCCUGGCCAACGUUACUAUGGCGGUAAUGAAUUUAUUGACCAGAUUGAGCUUUUGGCUCAACAGCGUGCCCUCGAAGCUUAUCGGUUAAGCCCCGAGCAAUGGGGUUGCAACGUUCAACCGUAUUCUGGUUCACCAGCAAAUUUUGCUGUGUACACUGCUCUUAUUGAACCACACGGACGAAUCAUGGGCCUCGAUCUACCAGACGGUGGUCAUUUAACCCACGGUUUCAUGACUCAAACUAAAAAAAUCUCUGCUACAUCAAUUUUCUUCGAAAGCAUGCCAUAUAAAGUCGAUCCAGUUACUGGGUUGAUCGAUUACGACAAGAUGGAGGAGACAGCGCGCCUCUUCAAACCGAAAGUAAUUAUUGCUGGUAUUUCGUGCUACUCGCGUUGUCUGGACUACAAAAGGUUCCGAGAAAUUGCCAACCAAAAUGGUGCAUAUUUGUUCGCAGAUAUGGCACAUAUUUCUGGGCUGGUUGCGGCCGGAGUGAUUCCGUCGCCAUUCGAAUAUGCGGAUGUUGUUAGUACCACAACGCAUAAGACAUUACGUGGCCCCCGUGCAGGAGUAAUCUUCUACCGGAAAGGCGUGCGCACUGUGAAGCCAAACGGCGAAAAGGUAAUGUAUGAUUUGGAAUCACGUAUCAAUCAGGCCGUGUUCCCUGGCCUGCAAGGUGGUCCGCACAAUCAUGCUAUUGCAGGUAUCGCCACCUGCAUGUUGCAAGCGCAAAGCCCAGAAUUCCGCGCCUACCAGGAACAGGUGAUAAAAAACGCACGCGCCCUUUGUGUAGGACUGCUUGAGAAAGGAUAUUCUGUAGCGACGGGUGGUACAGAUGUGCAUUUGGUGUUAGUAGAUUUACGCCCAGUUGCUAUUACGGGUGCCCGUGCAGAGUACAUCUUAGAGGAAAUCUCCAUAGCAUGCAACAAAAAUACUGUUCCUGGUGAUAAAUCCGCCUUAAAUCCAUCUGGCAUUCGACUAGGAACUCCGGCACUAACCACGCGCGGUCUGCUUGAGAAAGAUAUGCAACAGGUUGUAGAAUUUAUCGAUCGUGGAUUACGUCUAUCGAAGGAAAUUUCCAAUGUCUCUGGUCCGAAACUGGCUGACUUUAAGCGUAUAUUACACGAAGACUCCACGUUUAGUGAAAAAGUGAACAAACUGCGCAAGGAAGUGGAACAGUACAGUGAACAAUUCCCUCUGCCUGGUUAUGCAGACUUCUAACACAAAAUUUCAAUAAAAAAUUUCUAAUAUUUUUUUAAAAAUGA